AGCAUCAACUCCUAGCUUCACAGCCUCACAAGCAUCACCUCACAUCAAAAGAAACACAGUAGCCUUCCAGAACACACAAAAACAACAGUCACUUACCAUGGCUUCUUCUGGUUGUCAUCUUCUGGUUCUGCUCCUGGCCUUCUCAGCCUUCCAUUGCAGCUACGCAGCUCGUCAUCUUUUGGACACAGCAGCUGCAGCUGCAGCACCAGAGGCAGCCCCAGCUCAGCCCUCCAUGCCAACAGUUCCAACCACGCUGCCUCCGAUACCUUCCAUACCUGCAGUCCCCAAGCUGACAGUGCCCCCAAUGCCAUCUGUUCCUAUCCCAAAGGUUACCAUUCCCCCAACAGCCGCUGGCACAAUUCCAUCUCUUCCAAUUCCGGCCAUUCCGACCACCAUACCAACCAUUCCUACAGUUCCUGUUACCCUGCCACCAAUGCCCUCAAUCCCAACCACUAUUCCAUCCAUUCCCACCACAAUCCCGACGACGAUCCCUACCAUUCCCGGGUUCCAGAUGCCACCAAUCCCAUUCAUGUCCUCACCUCCCAAAACCACUAGCCCCUGAAGUUCUUCAAGAGGAUGAGACUGAUAUUCAUGGUUACUAGUCAGGGAUUUGGUUAGGCAUAUGUUGCCAUCAUAUCAGUGUGUACAUUUAUUUGUGUUCUGUUAUUGGAGUUAUACUGGCUUGCAUUGGUGUGAUUGUAAAUGCAGCUAGGCAGUUGUACUAUCAUGUUUGUGAAUAAAUCAUUUCUUGGUUUGCAUAACA